AAACAUUUUAAAAUCAACUUUCUUUUAUAAUAAUAUUAAUAUAAUAAUGUGUGUACAAAGUUUUAGUACUUAUUAAGUGACUUUAAAAUUAAAAAAGAACUGUUCAAAAGUGCACUAUUCUAUUAUUAUUACCGGGUACAAAAUACACGCGGGAAAUUUUGUUAUCAUUAAAAUAUUGAGAGUUAAUCAAAAUAAACUAUGUCUACACCUUGCGAACUUUCUGAGGAUGAAGACCCUAUCCAAGAAGCUCUUAUUUUCGAACAAAAUAUGUCUGAAGACACAGUUUUGAUAAGCAGUGAUGAUGAUUCAUUAAGUGCCACAACUUUCGACGAAAAUGAAAGUAUUAAAAUUGAAAACGAUCUUCCAAAUGUGAAUAUAAAAAAAACGAGAUCUGAUGUCAUUAAAAUUUUAUUCCCGAAUAGUAGUAAUAAUAAAGAAAAUAUUGUAACUAGUGUAAUUAAUAAGGUACAUCAUAGACCUUCACAAAAAAAACUAGACGAUGUUAAAAAUAUCUCUUCUAGUCCUAAAAAACCCGAAGAAAUAUCACCAGGCAUUAACAGGAUGAUAGAAGGCAUCACAGUGAACUUGCCAGUCAAACCUUAUGGAUGUCAAGUGGCUUUAAUGUCCAAGAUGAUAACAGCUAUAAAGAAAAAUCAAAACUGCCUGUUAGAGAGCCCCACGGGUACAGGAAAAACACUGGCGUUAUUAUGCAGUGCUUUAGCUUGGCAAAGAGCAGAGAGAAAUCGCAUUGGCAAAAUUCAAAUAGAAAAUUACUUCAGCGACUACCCCGAACUGAAGAAAAUGGAAGGCGCAGCGGAAUACAUCUCCACACCGCCGAAAGUGACGCCAGAGAAAUUCGAGAGACCAAUUUUUGGUGAAAAAAGUAUAUAUGACAAACCGGAUGUCAACGACACAAACAGUACUUUGUGUAGCAACAAGCGUGAGGAGCCAUCGCGGGGAGAUUCUCAAGAUUCUCCGGGUGUCUCUCAAGUUACGAUAUACGCGAAACGACAACGGUUGAACUCGAGUGAACAGGGCGAAUGCUCCAAGACAUCGCCAUCUACCACGCCCUUCAUGACCACGCCUGAAAAACCAACCGAUGCCGUGCUACCUAACACACCACAGAACGUGAGAUCUCUAUACAGCCUGGUCGACAACCUCCAACUGAGGACAUCCAUGAUUGUUAAUUCCAGCGUGCCCACCAUAUACUACGGCGCAAGGACUCACAAGCAGAUCCAGCAGGUGAUCAAGGAGUUCAAAAGGACUUCGUACUGUGGCGAGGCGACCAUGUCGGUGCUCUCCAGCAGGGAUUACAGCUGCAUCAGGGAAUUUGAUAAGAGCCAGUGGGGUACAAAGAACGACAUGUGUAGGGGGUGCAUCAAGGUAAAGGACUCUGGCGACAAAUCGAAGGGUGAAACGAAUUGCACGUUUUACAACAACCGAACUGCGCUUAACCAUCGCACUCUGCCGCCAGCGUUCGACUUGGAAGACUUAGUGGAUGCAGGACAUGAGAAGAUCGCAUGCCCAUAUUACGCCGCAAGGCAGAUGGCCAAUAUCGCCCACAUCGUGUUCUGUCCGUACAACUACUUGAUCGAACCCAGUAUUCGAAGCAGCAUGAAAAUAGAAUUGGAGAACAACAUUGUUAUCAUUGAUGAAGCCCACAACAUUGAGGACAUCUGUCGUGACGCAGCAUCCAUUACAUUUUCGCGAGACAACAUACUGGCAGCUAUAUCGGAAUUGGAAAAAGUGUCAGAGAAGCGGUACAGUAAUAGUGAAGCGCUUUCUUACAUCGAUCAGAUAUUAAAGACCUUCAAAAGUUGGGACUAUUGGUUCGCAAAUCAUUUACAAUUGCUAGCAGACAAACCUGCGAAGAACAAUGAAGUGGUACACACGUGGCAAGUCGAACACUUCGUGCAAACACUCGACAAUCAUAAUAUUGGACAAAAGCAAUUCACAGAAUACCAAAAUAGCGCAAGUACGUUCUGCCAACGUCUACGGGAUGACCCUCGCACGAUGGUUGGCAUCACUCAAGCUACAGGCACUCUUGUGGAAUCCAUAUUAAUGGCUCUCGGAUUCCUAUUUCGGUCGUCGGGAAUGUACUUGGAUGACUUCACACCAGCUCUAGUGAAGACUGUGGUCAUGAACGCAUCUUACGGGGCUAUGCAAUGGCGACGCUCGCAGUAUGCACAGAACGUAGAUAAAGAGCACAUAGAAUUACGACUAAUGUGUAUGAACCCGGCGGUUAUAUUCGAAGAUCUGAAGGCGGCCAGAUGCGUGGUGCUGGCAUCAGGCACUCUCACGCCUCUUAUUAGCUUGUACUCCGAACUGGCGACAGAAUUCCCUCUCAAAGUCAGCCCAGGACACGUCAUACCAAAAGACAGAGUGUGGGUGGGCUCACUGGGCUCAUGCAGACGUGGGCGACCACUCCAGUGUUGCAGCAAAGACACGUCGCAGCCGGAAGUACAAGACGCACUGGCGGACACGUUGUUACAUGUCUGCCGCGUUACACCCAACGGAGUGCUCUGUUUUCUACCGUCAUACAAACUCAUGGAGAAUCUCAAAAACAGGUGGAUAGAGACUGGCAUGUGGAAUAAACUCGACCAGUUAAAACAUGUAUUCACUGAGAACAGGAAUGUUCGGGACCACAAUGAUAUCAUGGACGAUUACUACAAAUAUUCAGAAUCGGCGAAAGGUGCUGUAUUAUUCGCAGUUUUCCGCGGCAAGGUCUCCGAGGGUAUGGACUUCAAGGACCACCAGGCCAGGGCUGUAGUCACGAUCGGAAUCCCGUAUCCAAAUAUGUUCGAUAUGGCCGUGCAAGCCAAAGUAACAUAUAACGACAAGUACAGCCAGUCAAGAGGUCUGCUGCCGAAAAGUGACUGGCUUCAGGUUCAAGCGUACAGGGCCCUGAACCAAGCAGUGGGUCGGUGCGUGCGUCACAGUGCUGACUGGGGCGCUGUGCUAUUAGUGGACGCUCGGUUCCAGCAGCCAUACUUCACGAAGCACCUCUCCGGCUGGGUGCGAAACCUUUUGGGUAACAAUCACCAUACGUUCAACAGUCUAGUCAACAGUCCUAACAGUUUGGAGUCCUUCAUGCAAUAUAUGAAAAUCUCAGAAAAUGAAAAGAUAUGAUACAGUUUCUCACUUUAGUAUGUACAUUUACAUAUUUUUCAUAGCCAUAAGUUUCACAUUGUUUUAGUCAUCAAAUAGUAAUAUAAAUAAUAGCAACCAUUGUUACUGAUCUACAGAUAAAAUCCUGAAUGUAUGAAAAUAAUUUGUACUGUUUUUUUAUUAUGUAUAAAACAUAUUCGUAUUACUACUACUAACUUAUCGAUUUAACAAUGAUUAUCUAGUUUAAAAAAUAAAACCGUAUGGCUCAGUCGGGAAAAUAUAAGGUUCCAUUUUCCAAUAGGACAUAUUUCUGACAUUAUUUUCCAAAAACAUAUUUUUAUAACAUAAUUAUUAUACCGGAUGAUAAAUAUAAUAGUGCGUGUGGCAAAGAGAUGGCAUAAUAGGUACAAUUUAAUACAUAUUAACUGUUACUUGUUAUUUUUUUAUUUUAGGAAGACCAUUUCGAUAAUUAAACAAUUAUUAGCUUUUGUUUAAAAAAAUUAUCAUGUUAGACCGUAAUAUUUUUUGACAAUUCACAAAGUUAUGAAGAGGCGGUCAAUUCGCACACAACGUGGUCUGCGGAACUUUUUCCUGUAUUUUAUGAGUAAAUCUAAACCGCUUAAUAUUAAUUGUAGUCACAGUUUGACUACAUACUUAUAAUACCUUUAUAUAACAUAAAUGCCCUAAUUUUCUCCGUACGGCAAUAUUAUCACCCGGAAUAUUCACAGUUGUAAUUGAUAAUGAGCAGUAAUAUAAAUUAUUUUAACUACAUUUUUAGUUCAUAGACAAAUGCAUUAACUAUACAAUUAUUUAUAAAAUUGUUUGUGUGGUGACGCAGUCAGAAUAAUACAAUAUAUCUUCACCUCAAAUUUGUCCCACGGAGGUAAUAAAAACUCUAAGAAAAGAACACAUGUAUACAUCAAGAAUAGAGAAGGAUAAUUCGAAAUAAAUCUAGAUAUACCAUGUCGCUUUACUAGCAUAAUAAUAGUCUAAAAGCAUGGUGUGCCUAUGAAUGUGCUAUUGCGAAUACAUAAUGCAUAUAUUUCUAUAGUGUUAGCCAUAAUAUUUCACACUGUUUUACUGAUCGAAUAGAUAAAUAAUGAUUUUACUCAUCUACAGAUAGAAACCUUAAUUUAUGAAAAUAAUUUGUACUUUUAUUUUAUUAUGCGCACACUAAAUCAAGAUCUUCAUCAUCAUCAGAAUCAUAAAGAAUAGAUAAGGAUAACUCGAAAUAAAUCUAAAUAUACCAUGGCGCUUUACUACCGCAUGGCACAAUAAUGGAUUAUUAUCAGGACGAAUAUUUUGAAACAGACCUAAACGGUACGGAAGUUUAUACAUUAUGUUAUUAAUUUUAAAUAAUGUUUUAUUUAUUUAUUUAUAAUAAUAAUAAUAUAGCCCUUUAUUCUGAAAUUUACAAAUAUUUUUA